AUGGCUUCCCGACCCGGAGCAGGCGCCCAGCCUGGGGAAAAAUUCGCCCACUUCAAGCUUGUCUUGCUCGGAGAGUCCGCCGUCGGAAAGAGUUCCCUGGUCAUGAGAUUCGUCAAAGACCAAUUCGACGAUUACCGCGAGUCCACCAUCGGCGCAGCUUUUUUGACACAGGCCGUCAAACUCGAGGAUAAGAAUGCUACAAUCAAGUUUGAAAUCUGGGAUACCGCUGGCCAGGAGAGAUACAAGUCGUUGACUCCGAUGUACUACCGGAAUGCCAACUGUGCCGUCGUGGUCUAUGACAUCACUCAAGCCUCGUCUUUGGAGAAAGCCAAGGCUUGGGUCGCCCAACUUACCCAGAACGCCGAAAGCAGCGGGAACGACCUUGUGAUCGCGUUGGCAGGCAAUAAGUUGGACCUUGUUGGAGAAGAGAACGACCCGGAUAAUAAGCGCGCAAUUCCUACCUCGGCUGCUCAGGAAUAUGUCGAUGAUCUCAACAGAGAGGCUGAAAAGGCUGUGACCCGAGGUGGCAGAAGCGUGAAGAUUCUCUUCUUCGAGACAUCCGCCAAGACCACCAAAAAUGUCAAGGAGUUGUUCACAGCCAUUGCAAGGGAACUCCCUCUUGAUCAGGCUGGCGGUCCUCGUAACCUGCGCGCAGGACCACGACCUGGAGUUGAUUUGCGACCCGAGGCCCCUGGGACACAGGGUGCCGGUGCAUGCAACUGUUAA